CAGAAUGAAAAGAUGCGCAAUCCCACAUGCUUCUUUGUAAAGUUGUUUUGGUGGCAUGUCAAAAGUUCGGCGUCUGGUGCCUUUCAAGCUUUUAGUGAUAUAGCACCAUCUCUCUCAACCCCAACAGUCGACCAUGAUCACCACGUACAAGGCUUCUCAGCUUCCCGUUUUUGCGAUUGCUUGUAAAAUCGAGAGUAAUUUGGCUAGAAAAAUAACAAUCCGCGCAUCCAUCUCAAAGUGUCCGCAACAGGGCGCCAUAUUUUCGACGUGUUACAGUGGUUCCAUCGCAACUCCAAAACGCCGACAAAUGAUCAUGGUAUCGGUGGGUAAUCGUAGGCUCGAGCCGAAACGGCAGCGCAAAAGGCAGCGCUUCUCCAGCGUGAGGUGAUCGUCGUCCCG